AUGACAGGUUUGGCCCCUUCGAGCCAGUACGUCUUCCGGGUUCGGGCUUUGAACGUCUCAGGCUGGUCGCCGUGGUCUGCUCCUUCGGAUCCUGUGUGCACCAUGGAUGCGCAAAGUAGCGAAGAGAUUAUGUCAGCAGUGUUCCGACACUUCGGAACGGUUGGAGCUGCUUUCCGCGCGUUUGAUCGAGACAGGGAUGGCCUGGUGAGCAGAGAGGAAUUUGUCACAAGCCUUGGUCUCACAAAGUACCGCUUAGGCUUGGUUUCGUUGGAGCAGCGAGCGCAUCUCUUCUGUCGGGCCGAUCGCGGUGGGAGUGGAUUCCUGUCUUAUCCUAACUUCGCCUCGUUAUUUGGCAGAGCCUCUUCGAGGCGGCCGCAUCGUCGCUCAUUUUCACAGGAUACUUCAGCUUCACAAGAUGGCCUGUGCGGGCCUGCAAGAGCGGGCAUGCGGCGGUGGAGCCAGGUGACACCUCAAUGCUUGAACGAGCGUUUACAACAAGCGAGCUGCAUAGAAGUCCUCGCAUGCAGUGGCAGCCAAUCUGGUUCCUGCAACUCGUCAAGGGCAAGUAGUCCAGCACUCCGACGGACAGAUGUGGAAGGAACCACUCAACCACUGAGGGACCGUGCAGAUCUUGAAAACCGUGACACUUUGCACCGGUGUUGCCUCACGUGCUCUCCAACCAAGCUGCCCACCAUGGACUACCAUGGGGAAGCGUUGCCGGCAUUGCCUUUGCUGGGGGCAGCUCGAGCACCAACUCCUGACAGAUAA